CAUGUCCAUCUGGGAGGCUUCAAUCUUUUCUAUGAUCGUCCACUGGUGCUGCAUCCAAGGACUGUUUCACCAAGGACAUGUGCAGUCAACCACUGUGGUGAAGUGCUACUCUCCUCCGACCUGCAAUGGCUUUAACUAUGACUCGCACGUUAACUCCUGCUGCAGUAACCAGAUUUACAAGGGCACUGGGCUGUGCUGCUGUGGAAAAAGUUCCUACAAUGCCAUCCAGGACACUUGCUGUAAUGGCAACCUCACCAGGGGUCUAAGUGAGCUGGUGUCGCUUUGCUGUGGUUCAGUGGCAUAUAACCCCCUGAAUGAGAUAUGCUGCAGAUCUUAUGUUUACCCUCGACAGGCCCAUUCAGGUUGCUGUGGGAAAGGUGGGAGAACAUAUCUGUAUAGCAGGUUGAAGUAA